GAGAAUUAAAAAUUAUCAGUGGCUGCUCAUUAGACAGAAACUUCAACUACUUUUUAUAGUGUUGUCAGAUUAUUUUUUAUUUUUAAUCAAACAGCAACGUGAGUUACAGCUGAGAUGACCCUCCUAAGGAAAAAGCAACCUGGGAGGUCUGGACUGAUGCUCAGCUGCUUCCUGCUCUGGAUGUAUCUGCAGCCAGAUUCCCGUAAUCAUGUGUCAGCAGUCAACCUGCAGCGUUUCAUUGGUUGUGCAGUUCGGGAGUUUACUUUCCUGGCCAGGAAGCCCGGAUGCGGCAGCCUGCACAUCACCACCGAUGCCUGCUGGGGGCGCUGUGAGACCUGGGAGAAACCGGUCCUUGAGCCUCCGUUCAUCGAGUCCUACCAGCAGGUUUGUACCUACAACAGGACUCGUCUGGUCACUGUGAAACUACCCGACUGCCAGCCCCAUGUGGACCCCACCUACACCUAUCCUGUGGCCCUGAGAUGUGACUGUGGGGUCUGUCUGACAAGCACCACUGAAUGCAUAACAUCUGUGUGAAGAGAGGGUACAUUUAGCUUUAUUUACUAUUUACCACAAUUUAGAGCCAUGUUGUUGUUUGGCUCAGUACCAGCCAAAUAAAUCAGUUUAAAGCCACGUGUCUUCAGAAAGUUGAAUUUCAUAUCUUUUAUAAAUGAAAUAAAUCAGAUUCCUUAUCUUUCUGAUUAUCUUAGAAAGUGAAACAAGGGGAAAACAGUUAUCUGUCCAUUUCACAUUUAUUAUUAUGGCUCUGAACAUUUUAAUUCAAAUAUCAGUGUAUGAAAAGUAUUAAAAUGGGACGUUUCUAUAACAAAUGAAUUUGUUUUAAAUUUAGAUUGUUUUCCACAUGGAGGUCAUGUUAUGUAAUUGAUGAUCAUUGUCCCUGCGAUGUUCUCUGUGUAAUCUUAAUCUGCAGAGUUUAUAUGCUGAAUGUGCAGUUGUGAGAGUUCAUUAAACUUGCUUCACUUCACAGUUUUAAAGAUCUAA